UGCUCUGUGCUAUGACUUUUAAAAACGCAAAUCAAGUUUCAACUGAGUGUUUGCAAGAGUUUUGCAUUAAUUGAGAUUUUCCUUUAUUUAAACUUAAAUAAAUUAAUAAAAACACAUUAUGUCGGCUCGGUAUGAUAGAGCUAUUACAGUAUUUUCGCCGGACGGCCAUUUGUUACAAGUAGAAUAUGCACAAGAAGCUGUUCGUAAAGGGUCUACCGCUGUUGGUGUAAGAGGAGCUGACGUCGUUGUGUUGGGUGUUGAAAAGAAAUCAGUGGCAAAGCUACAAGAAGAGCGGACUGUUCGUAAAAUAUGUCUUCUAGAUGAUCAUGUUGUGAUGGCUUUUGCUGGUCUAACAGCGGAUGCCCGGAUCCUUAUUAAUAGAGCACAAAUAGAAUGUCAGUCCCACAAACUUACUGUCGAAGAUCCCGUGACUUUAGAAUACAUAACAAGAUACAUUGCGGGCCUGAAGCAGAGAUAUACUCAAAGCAAUGGACGCCGGCCUUUCGGUAUUUCGUGUUUGAUUGGUGGAUUUGAUUAUGAUGGAUUACCCCAUUUGUUUCAAACAGAGCCAUCAGGCAUAUAUUAUGAAUGGAAGGCUAAUGCUACAGGUCGAUCAGCUAAAACGGUACGAGAGUUUUUGGAAAAGAACUAUACUGCAGAGGAAGUAGCUACUGAAAAAGGUGCCGUGAAGCUUGCAAUUCGGGCUCUUCUUGAAGUGGUUCAAUCCGGACAGAAAAACUUGGAGAUAGCAGUUAUGAGACGUGGACAGCCUAUGCAAAUGCUAGACUCUGACACUAUUAACUCUUAUGUGUCUGUUAUUGAGAAAGAGAAAGAAGAGGAAGCAGAGAAGAAGAAACAAAAGAAAUAAUAUUAAUUAUGUAUUGUACUUCAGUUCUCAUUUUUACACAGUUAAUAAGGAAUACACUUCAAAUAACAAAAAUGUUUUAUUGUUAGAUAUGAAGUUAAUAAG